AGGUUUCCAAUUUGCAAGAUUCAUUUUCUAUCUUCUUCUUUAGUUCUCUGAUCAAGAGAAAAGAAGAAGAUAGAAAUGGAGUUGCCUUCUUCUCUAAAGCCAUUCUUUCUUUUGCUCUUUGUCUCCUGUCUUCUCAAUGUUUCCACCAUUAUCUCGCAGUCAUUAAAACAAGAAGAUGUGCUUUUUGGAGGGAAGUUUCAGGCUUUGUACGUUAUAGGAGAUUCAUUGGUUGAUUCAGGGAACAACAAUUAUCUUCCGACGAAAGUCAAAUCGAAUUUCGCACCUUAUGGUUCUGACUUUGAAGGAGGCAAACCUACCGGCCGUUUUAGCAAUGGCAAAACUAUUGCUGAUUACAUUGCUAUUUAUUAUGGGCUUCCUUUGGCUCCUGCUUACAUGGGAUUAUCAGAAGGACAAAAGAACAAUAUAUCAACUGGUAUUAACUAUGCUUCUGCUAGCUGUGGGGUUUUUCCAGCCACAGGAAAGCAACUCGGAGAAUGUCUCUCAAUGGAUGUCCAAGUCAAUUAUUUCAAAGAAACCAUCGACAAGAAUUUGAAGAAAAGGUUUAAGACGAAGCCAGAGCUCAGUAAACACUUGGCCAAAUCGUUGUUCAUGAUUGCUAUCGGAAUUAACGAUUACGUUUUCUUAUAUAAUAAGACAAUCGAUCCAAAUGAAUUCGCAGAGAAGCUUCUUCAUGAGUAUAUGACGCAAAUUCAGAGAUUGCAAAGAUUAGGAGCAAGGAAGUUCUUCAUCAACAACCUUAAGCCACUAGGAUGUUACCCAAACACUUUAGCUCGUAACGUGCCAAGUGGAAGCUGCAACGAAGGUGCAAACCUUCUGAUUUCCAUUUUCAACACCAAGCUAAGGAAAGCCCUGGCUCAUUUCAAGGAAAAGUUAGCCUACACUUCCUUCUUGUACUCAGAUUACUUCAAAUUCAUGUUGGGACUUAGAGGACCUUCAAGCAAUCAAGCUAGUUCAAAUCUUAUGGACACGACGAGCCCAUGUUGCCCCAGCGUUUAUGAUGGAGGGCAAUACACAAGCUGCACGCCAGAUUCGAUAGCAUGUAAGGUGCCAGAUUCACAUAUUUUCUUUGAUCCAUUUCAUCCGACUCAGAUGGCGAAUUUCAUGUACGCGAUUGGGUGUUUCCAGGAGAGAAGAGUUUGUAAGGUUGUGUGAGAUUCAGUGUGUCAUUACCCUUUUUUAAAUUGAAAAAAAAACUAAUGUCUCCAUGAUGAUUGUAUCAAUGCCACUCACCUUUUUUUUUGUU